CCGGCAGCUCCACGCCAUGAAAGUCCUGAUCAUCAGCUCAGCUGCUCUCUCUCUCUCUCUCUCUCUCUCUCUCUCUGUUAGUUGUUCUUUUCGGUUCUAGUCUUCUUCCUCAUCGUUAACAUAUAAUUUCUAGUGUCUCCAACUGAUCAUUCCUAGUAUAGUGGUGGCGGAUCAUCGAUCGUCAAUCAGUGAUCAUCAUCGGCGCCUACUAAACCGACCAUGGCCGGCAUAUCGUCCCCGGAGACCGCCAACGUCACCAUCAACAAAGACAACAACAACUCCGGUGCCGUAGGAGAGGAGGUGGCGGCGGAGGGACUGUCCUUCUCCGCGGUGACGCUGCGGAAGCUGCCGCACCUGACCGACUACCUGCCCAAGUCGGACCUCCAGGCACGGCCGAACCCGCUGGAGAGGAACGAGUUCUUCCACCCGACGGAGGGGUUCUACAUAUUGUCGUCCGACGUCAUCCUCCGCCAGAUCGUCUAUGACCUCUCCGGCACCUUCCCCAGCACUUUCCCCCGCUUGGCUUACCACCGAGCUGGUCCGCGUCGGGACAUCUACUUUGACCCUGCCAAUGUGAGGGUUGCUAUUGUCACUUGCGGGGGCCUCUGCCCUGGGAUGAACACUGUGAUAAGGGAGCUUGUGGUGGGCCUUUGGGAGCUUUAUGGGGUACGCGAGAUCUACGGGGUGGUAUCUGGGUACCGGGGGUUCUACACGUCUGAGCCCAAACAGCUCAGCCCAAAGAUGGUUCACGGGUGGCACAAGAGGGGUGGCACAGUCCUUGAGACCUCCCGUGGCGGGUUCGAUCUCAAGAAGAUUGUUGAUGGCAUUCAGCAACGAGGAUUCAACCAGGUCUACAUCAUUGGCGGUGAUGGAACAAUGCGAGGAGCAGUGGAGAUUUUUGAGGAAGUACGCCGCCGGAAGCUGAAUGUAUCAGUCACAGGGAUCCCCAAGACGGUCGAUAACGAUGUUGGAAUAAUUGACCGUUCAUUUGGGUUCCAGACGGCUGUGGAGAUGGCUCAGCAGGCGAUCAAUGCGGCCCGUGUGGAGGCCGAGAGCGCGGUCAACGGCAUUGGGCUGGUCAAGCUAAUGGGCCGGAGCACAGGCCACAUUGCUCUCUAUGCGACACUGAGCAGUCGGGAUGUGGACUGUUGCCUGAUUCCCGAGAACGACUUCUUCUUGGAAGGGAAAGGAGGGCUGUUCGAAUUCCUCGAGCGGAGGCUGAGAGACAACGGGCAUGCAGUAAUAGUAGUCGCUGAAGGUGCAGGGCAGGAUCUUAUUCCCAGGACCGAUGCACAAUCGGAAGAGAAGGACGAAUCUGGGAAUCCUGUGUUCUUAGACGUGGGUGGGUGGUUAAAGUCCGAGCUGAAGAAGUGGUGGGCGCGGGACCACCCGAACGAGCUGUUCACUGUGAAGUACAUCGAUCCAACCUACAUGAUCCGUGCAGUCCCAGCAAACGCAACUGAUAACCUCUACUGCACUCUCCUGGCUCACUCGGCAAUCCACGGGGUGAUGGCGGGCUACACGGGAUUUGUGUCAGGACCCAUUAACGGGAGCUAUGCGUAUAUUCCGUUGGACGAGGUGGCCAAGGAAAAGAACAAGGUAAACACACGGGAUCACAAGUGGGCAUGGGUCAGGUCUGUCACCAGUCAGCCGGAUUUCAUAAGGACUUAAAAACCGCUGCUAAUCGAUUGGUUCGGCAUAGGUUAAGUACGGAUCUAUUGCCCAUAUGAGACGGUCUGCAAGUCAUUGGGACGACAGCUAUAAAUUCUUAAGGGACGGUGCUCUUUAGAAUAAGGAUUUGUGUAAUGACUUUGGAACAGGCUUACUCAAUGCAAUAUUAUGAUCAGAUCCCUUCUCUCUCUAA